CUCUUGAUCACCUUUAUGGAUAAGUAUUAUCUUGACUCUUACGAGACAAUCUGGAAAAGCUGUGCAAUGACCUGCAGCACAGAGAACCUUUGGGGACAAACAUCUUAUCUAACAUGCCCCCAGUUGACAGACUCUCAAGAAAAAAAGUACUGUUGUGGAACAAAGGAGAACCGAUUUUGCUGCGACACACCAUUUGGAAUUGAUGAUAAAGUUUUCAAGGAAAUUGCUGACAAACCAGCAUUGGCUCUGGCCCAGGUACAACCUAGUCCUGUGGUCCACACGACUUUUGAAGAUAGAGGUGUACGAUCAGCUGUGGAUCGCAUCAAGGUGAAGGUCAAUAACACUGUUUGUGCUGUAAAGGACAGUGUUAAAUUAGGCAUUGAGAGAGUCAUAAAGAAAGUCAAACAGGCAGUCAAAAGCAAAAUAAAAAAUAAAGCAGCCAACAUAUCUCCACUGGCUUUGGCUCAGGUACAACCUAGCCCUGAGGUACCAAAGAUUGUUGAAGAUAGAGAAGGUGUUCGUUCAACUGUGGACCGCAUCAAAGUGAAGCUCAAUGAUACUAUCACUACUGCAAAGGACAAAGUUAAAGAUAAAGUAGGUGUUGAGACUAUAAAAAACAAAAUAAAAGAAAAAGUUAAAGACAAAGCAAAAGAAAAGGCAGCCAAAAAAUUGGACCCAACGGGUGGGCAUAUAAAGUCACUUCCUGUGAUUCUUGGGGUAAUUGGUGCACUGAUAUUAGGCUUGGUAGUGAUCUGCAUUGUUUGCUGCUGCUGUUGUCCAUUCUGUCUCCUCCACAAACAUCGCAACCAAGGAACAGUUCAUCAGCCAAAACCUGAAGCCUCAGUGAUGCAGCCACUUCAGGGGCAACCUCAGGCAUACCCAGCACAACCAGGGUAUACUGCUCAACCAGGGUAUCCCCCUCAACAAGGGUAUCCUCCUCAGCCAGGAUACCCACCACAGCCAGGCUAUCCUCAACCACAGGCAUACCCAGCACAACCCUAUCCUCCAGCAGGUUACCCAACUGACCAGCCACCUGCCUACUCUGAGAAACAGCUGGCAUACAACCCCAACUACCAGUAGUGAUGAUCAUCCUAGCCGUAAUGCGCAUAUUCUGAACUCCUCAUUUCCAGGCAUUCAGAUAGUCUAGUUCUUGUAAAUUUAGAAAAAUGGGAAUGUGUGUUUUUAUGCAUGUCUUGACGUGUGGUUAUCCCACAAAUGUAGCUACUGGUACAUAUCACUUUGAAAGAAAUAAUCAUUUUAAAGAAUUUUUAUUGGUUUGACAAGAAUAUUUAAUAUUGUCAUUUAAAAAACAUAUUCAUUCAGAUUUUAACCCUUCAAAUGCUCAGAUUGUCAGUGAUCCACCCUAAACUGAUCCCUUUUGUCAUUCAGCAAUGGAUAUUUUUUUUCUUGCAGUUUUAAAUAAUUGGGUUGUGUAACUAUGCAUAUCAUACACAACUUUCCUGCCAAGCAUUCUACGGGUGCAGUAGAUCUUUCAACUAAUAAGAGAUGUUAUCUAAGUAGAAUUAACAAAAUCGUCAGAUGGCUUCAGUGGUUGUGUUAAUUUCAGUUGGUGUGCACCUUAUUAGAAUUAUUUUUGCAAAUAUUUACAUUUCCUUUGUUGCCAUGCAACAAGAGGAAAUGUCAUCUAGCAUACAAACAUGACAGAAAAAAAAAGUAAAGUGCUUUUAUGAUGUACCAUUCUGCUCUUUAUUGCCACCAGGUUUCCACUGCUUCCAGGCAAAACUGCAUAUAUAUAUAUAUCCUGGUUGGCAAGUGGACUUGAGGUAGGAAGGACAUUUGUUAUACUUAGACAUUUUGAAGGGAUUUUGAUUAUGUAUUGCAUAAGUAAAAUGUCUGAGAAUUUUUUUAGUAAUUAGAGAGUUAUUGUCAAGUCAUUAUGAUUCCAGAAUUGUUUGGAAAAAGUUUAAUGCCAUACUUGUACUUUCAUACAUUUAAUUUAGAUUUUAUAAUUUAAUUUAGAAAGAAGAAAUAAAGGAGUGGUGUCAG